AUGAAGGACAAGGUGCGCAACAAGCUCUCGAAGCGGCAGCACGAGGACGAGGCGAGCUGGUCGACGCGGUCGUGGCUUUCGCUGCAGGCCCAGCGCAUGUCAGUCGCGCUGCAGCUCGCGGCGGCGGAAGAGAUUGCGACCGAGCUCAGGCUCGCCGCGGCGCCGCCCAGCCGCUCCUUUGCCGAUUUCGAAUCCUUCUGGCCGCUGUAUGUGCAGCAACACUCGCUCACUACGACAAAGCUCCUGCACGGGGUCGGGACGACUCUCGUCGUCCUCUCGAUCGCCGUCCGCCUUGGCGCGGCCUCGAGCAUCUGCCUCUCGCUUCUUGGCGCUGAUGCCACCGCAAGCUGCAGCAGCGGCCUGCCCGAGGCGGCCGUAAUGGUCUCGCUCCUCAUGGGCGUUGUGCGGCUCUACUCUGGCCUACCGCCCUCGCAGACGGCCGAGAUGCCCGCCACCUUCAGCCACCCGACCUUCUCGCUGAUCGGCGACUUCGCGCUCUUGGGUUCGCUGUUGACCGGGCGGCUCUCACUCAACGCAACGUCGCCCGCUGGCUAG